AUGGCUCCAUCUACAAUCGAUCCGGUCAGCUCCCAGUCGAACAUACUGAAUGCUUCCAAGCUCACUGGCGACGAGCGCGCGGCUGCCCUGAAGAAGAAUGGCCAGGACCGCCCCUUGAACGAAUUCACCUACGGCGGCCAUCCCUUGUCCGGGCCCCAGACAAAACCCGUCAAACAGAUUAGAAUCCCCAGAUUCGCGUCCCUGGAGGACGAGCGCGAAUGGCGCAAGCUCCAUCACGCCGCUGCUCUGAGAUGGCUGGGCCUUAACGGGUACAAUAACGAGGGCGCAGGUGGCCACCUCACGGUCCGUGAUCCCCUUCUUCGUGAUCACUUCUGGAUCAACCCUCAUGGCGUCUCCUUCUCAUACAUGAAGCCGGAGGAUCUUUGUCUCAUCAAUGAAAAUGGAGAGGUUGUGGGGCCUGGCAACAUGCAUGCUGUCAACCCGGCCGGCUUCGCAAUUCAUGUUGCCGUUCACAAGGCUCGUCCGGAUGUUGUUGCCGCCUGCCACUGCCAUUCGGUUCCAACCAAGGCCUUCUCCGCCCUUGGGUGCAAGCUGGAGCCCAUCAACCAGGAUGCGUGUCGCUUCUACCAGGACCAUUCCAUCUAUGAAGGAUUCGGCGGCAUCGCCUUCGCACAAGAUGAGGGAGAACGAAUUGCCAAAUCCAUUGGCAACAAUAAAGCCGUGAUUCUGGCAAACCAUGGGAUCUUGACUGUGGCCAAAUCGGUUGAUGCUGCGACAUUCCUGUUUGGCGCAAUGGAUAGGUGCAUCCAAGCUCAGCUCUUGGCUGAUGCGGCGGCGGCUGGCCGAGGAACGCCCACUAUCAAAGUCGGACACGAGGAGGCCCAGUUCACCCGUCGUCUCUAUACAGAUGAGAUGGAAUAUAUCAUGUUCCAGUCUUGCUUCGAAGACGUUGUUCGAGCCUCAAAUGGGGAGCUUCCCAUGUUGACAGGCAAAGAACUCCCCAGAACAGGGUAG